ACAUCUCGGUUGGCAGCCAUUGUAUCGAACGAAGGUCGUACUUUGCUCGAUGGUUUAUUCGCUCGCAACUCGCCAUCUUGUUUUCCAAGCUCGAAGUUUGUGAAAUCUUUCGAUUCGAUACGGGUUUAUAAUCGGUUUCGGUUCAAUAUUCAUCAGAGUUUUUGGCGGCAAAUUGAUCAAAGAUUAAUAAUCGAUUAAGCGAUGAAGAAAACAUCGUCGUUGGUUUGGCGAUUCUUCGAUCGUUUGGAAGAAAAUAAACGUUGUGUGGCGGUAUUGUGUAAAUUAUGUGAUACGCAAUAUAAAUAUUUCGGAAAUACAACGAACUUAAGAACUCAUUUGGUGGGCAAACAUCCUAUUCAGUGGGAAUUACUGCAGAACGGUAGUCUAGACGAUUCAACAUUUCGGACAUUGGACGAUGAUGAAAAUACUAACCAGGCACCGAAACGAAGAAAAUAUCUUAAGGUUGAUGUUAUAGAGCACCCGGAAACAGACAUUGAUAACAAUGAUGAAGUUGAUACCACCAUGAAUGAGCAUAUACGACAGAAUUCUGACGAGGAAUGGCUAGAAGAUGAAUGGAUCGAAACAUACGAACCUAAUAAUAGAGUGAAGUACAGACGGGUAAAACGGGAGGUGACAACACCUACCUCACCUAAAUCAGUACGAAGCUAUGCGUUCAAUCGCAAGCCAACAACUAAAGCACAAGGAAGACUUACUGCAGUUGCUGUUAAGAAAGAUGAAUAUUCAGUAUUCGGUGAAUACAUCGCUAAUAAAUUAAGAAAAUUCAAAUCGUACCAAACAAGUGUAAAUGUACAACAAUUAAUAACAACUAUACUAUGGCAGGCGGAAUAUGGUGUCUAUGAUAAUAUAGAAUCCGUGAAACGGAUUGUCCUAAGUACUGUACAAGACAUGGAUACCACACAUAAUAAUACAAAUAAUGAAACUGUAGAAGUAUCUGUGGAUGGAUUAGUUAAAAAAGAUCAAGAUAUUGUCCAAAGUGUAAUUGAUAGUGUCAGAGUGGUCGAAGGAUGAAAGUAAAUCUUUCUUUUUUACCUAUUACCAAAAUUAUCCCUAAUGAUACUAAGUCAUACUAGUUUAUCAAAUAUUGGUAAUUAGAUGUACAAAUUUAUUAAUAUAUAGUUAAAGGAAUUGCCAAUAGCUGGAUUUGUCAGAUCCAAUUUUGUUAAGUGUUGUAAAUAA